AUCUUUUUUUUUUUUUUUUUUUUUUUUAAUAUAAAUGAUAAUUUUAAUAAAACACAAGGUCUACAUCGGAAACCUCAGAAGGGGAUAACAUUUUUUAUUGUUCUUGUGCAACUAUUGUCAGAACUAGGCUACAGUUCUUUUCUAAUAGGCCAAUUCUCAAAUCAUUUCAUUAUACGUUUCUUUUUGUAUUAGUAGGCUACUUACAAAUUUGUGCUUAAUUACCAACUAAUUAAUUUUUUUAUAUAUUAUCAUUAUUAAAAUUAUUAUUAUUAUUUAACUUAUAGACCACUGGGCGAAUCAACAUUAAUUCUCGUUUUUUCCUUCUUUUAAUUUUAAAUAAAAUAAUGACUGAAUGAUACACUGAAUCGUCACUAGACACUAUAUCAGCUAUUACGUUUCAGAAAUGAUCAAACAUCAGAAUUGUACAUCAAAAUAAAUCUGUAGGCUAAUAGCAUAAACACGCUUACCUUUUAAUAUGAAGUUAACGUAGAUAAUCCCCGCAGAACUGAUGAAAACGUUAUUAUAGAACAAUUCUAGAACUAUUUAAUAAUAGGACCAACUUUGUACAGUCACAACCAGUUUGAUUAAUAGAUCGUUGAGUCAAAUCUCUCCAGCAACUGCCUGGGAGGUUUGAAUGUUGCCGAGGUAAACCCAUUUCUGACCAGGCCAGUGCGCACAUCCAUGAUGCUGGAGAGUAAAGGUAGUCCCAUGCGAUUCCUAGUGUCAUCUUUUAAAAGCGAGACGAGGGAAAAUGCCCGCUCAACAUGGGCAUUGGAAACAGGCAGAACAAGAAGUCUUAUGGCACCUUGUGCCAAUUCCUGGAAACACUUGUGCCCCCCUGCAUCUUUAAACGCUUCGACUUCGAGCCAAAACUUGUCAAUGUCCUGAUCAUCAGAGAAGUUUGCGGUUGCCACAUUCCUCCACUGCGUUUCUAAUGUACCAAUGGGGCACGAGAAAAGAUCAGCUGGCAAGUCCUUUACUCCAGGCCUAUUUAUAGUGGACAUAACAGAUUUCGGGCAGAAGAGCUCCAGUUUGCUCAGGAUUUCCAUUGAAGCAGGUAAACGCAAUUGGUACUGCUUUACAAGUUCUUUUAGAAAAUCCAUACAACGCGAAGAAAUUCUCUCCUUCAUGUCUGGGGCUAGCCUACUUUCCUCCAGUUUGUCCAUAAAUGUGGUACCCAGGUCCGCAUCCAGAGGGGAUAGGAAUAUGCCAGACUGUGUGAGGUCAAGUUCACGGAGCUGCUUGUGAUUACGCAAGACGCUCGGUUUGAGAAUGCGUCUCACAGUUGUCAUGUACAGCCUUUCCAAGUCUCUAAACACACCGAGAGAGUUUCCUGUUUCUAAUUGAAAGCAUUUAUUAACAGCUUUGAUUUCCAUCAGAACAGGCUGAAGAAAGUACAUGUAAAGGAGAUUAGUUUUGUCAUUGUACAUUUCCUUUAAAAGCCGAGCAGUAUAGCAGUGUUCUGUACUUGAAGCCAUGUUAAAGUGCAGUGUGAGGGCAUCUUUUUGAUCCACAAUGCGGUUAAUGCAGUCAGCCAUCACAAGCCAACGGGUACAGCUUGGACUUAUUAAUUUCAAGGGGCAGCCCCCGUUAUUGAUAGUCUCGUAUAUGUUCUUGUACUCAUACUGCCGCUUUGCUGAAUGUGCGAACCAGUUGUAGGUUUCUCUAACCAUGUAUUCUAUGUUGCUUGGAAGAAGCUGCAUUGCUUUAUUCGCAACAAUGUCAAGUGAAUGGCAAACACAGCAAAUGAGGUGCAGGUUUGGCUGUAUUUGUUUAAGUAGGGUGAAAACCGAGUGGUUUUUUCCAACCAUUACGCUGGCACCAUCUGUGGCAAUGCCCAUCAUGUUUUUAAUCUGGAGACCGUUCUUUGAUAGAAAAGCGACAACAGUGUCUGAUAUGGCUUUAGCAUCAGCAUCUGUCAGCUCCACAAGUCCAAGAUAUGUACUUACAAACUUGCUGUGUUUUUUUGAGUGGUAUUUCACACAAAUGCAAAGAAGUUUGUUCACGGAUAUGUCAGUGCUUUCAUCGAGAUACAGGGAAUAUGGAGACUCCCCAAUAUCCUCCACAAGUUCUUCUCUGAAGUGUGGCGCGAGGACAGAUUUGAUAAUGGCUGUACACUUUGUCCGGUGCAUUUGGAAUGUUCCCAUCUCAUCUUUCAAAAUGUCUGACAAAUCGUCCACCGCAUUUAUUGAACUGUGACAAGCAAUGUAGGCAGCGAUUCUAAUUUCACGGCGCUUUUGGUCAUCUUUGAUCGGACACUGCCCUGCUGCUCCCGCUGACACAGUAAAAGUUUUUAUACUUGGUGCACAGCGCGAUUUGUGUUUUUUUGUAUUAGCAUGCUCUUUCAAAUCAUUUAACUGUGCUCUGAUUUCUGAUUGGCAGUAUUUACAAAAUGCCUUUGUAUCAUCGCCUACCACAGGUGUAAUCCAUGUUUUUAAAGACGGGUCGCUCUCCCAUUCCGUUCUGUAGGACUUUUUAUAUUUACCCCACUUUGGCAUGAUGAUGAUGAUGAAUGAUGAUCACUGAUGAUGAUAAUGCAGUUUUGACGAUAUAACGAAUUAGCCUACAACAACCCACCAAUCAAGCUUGAAGUCUGAUUGGACAGGAUUCCCCUGAACCUUAUUGGCUAACCUGAACCAUACCUAAUUUAAACGUCAUCCUACAUUAUAUAAUUUAUUUUAUAGUUAGUUUUCAUUAAAAAAUAAUAAAGAAUACUGUUUAUAGUCAAAAAUAAAAACCCGCCUGUUGCAUCAAAAACCAGCCCAAAUUUUAAAGACCCGCCCAAUGCAUUUUUUUCCGGUUGGACGUGACCAAAAGGAGCCCAAUUGGGCGGGAACCCGCCCAAUCUGGCAACACUGGUGUGUGUGUGUGUGUGUGUGUGUGUGUGUGUGUGUGUGUGUGUGUGUGUGUGUGUGUGUAAAGCUGCAGUGUGAUCCCGCCUGUCUGCCUCAAUGAUUUGUCGAAUAUCUCGCCAUCUGAGUGGACUAGAAGCUUGAUUGACAUGUCCCUUGACAAAUAGGAUCCUUAGCUUUAUACACAUGCCUGACAUGUAUAUCAUCGUCAUCACUGAAGGAAGCCAGACCGUUUGGAUGAUGGUGUGAAGAUCGCGUGUUUCUUCAUUCGUCUCCAUUUUGUGUUUCGGACAACCGCGACAUAACAGUGGAUUAUUUACCAAUAUGAGCUCACAGAAAAGUGAAAGUAGGCUCAUUUGAAAGAAAACUUCAUAAGGUGAAAGAUGAUAUAGAGUUUGUGGCUGAUUUUAUCUUAGAGAAGCAUUUAUAGGGGUAGAAAUGUGACCUUUGUGUUUGUUUUUUCCACAUAUUUAUCAAAUUUAUUGCGCGAUUCUUUUGAAGAUCGUUCAAAUGAUGUUGUUAAAACAAUAAAAUAAACUAUAUAGCCGAAUUCAUAUUCAUAUUUAUAUUUCCUCAUCGUAGUCAAGGGGAGGGGUGUUUUUGGCAUGAUUGUAUAUUUAAGCUUUAUCUUACUAAUUUGUGUAAACACAGAAGUCAUUAUAUUCUUUGUAAAGAUUAGAUUCUAAGCUUUCAAAUGGUCCCAUAUAUGGGUUGGUAGUAUCUCCAGAAAUCUUAAAACAAAAUAAGUGAAAAUAUUAUGACGUCGUUUCGGCCCGCCCACGGGUCGGCAGAGUGGAAGAAUGAGUGAAAUUAAGUGAACUUCACAGAGACGCUGAAAAGGCAUACACGCGUUAACCUUCGCCCAGGCUGUCGGAUUCCGUUUUUGGGCCAAUGCGGGGUUUCUUACAGGACGUCUCUCGCUGAACAGCGUAAGAUACAUAGCAAUUGGGCUAAAACUAAGCAAAACUUGUGUUUCUAGUACCAAACAGAACUUGGUUAAUGGUUAAAAACCUUGUUGUAAACUUUUUGUUCCACAUCUUUAAACAAAAGUUGUUUCAUAUGUUUUAUGUCUGAAACAAUGUUUCUGAAACACAAUUUGUUUCCUUUCUUUGUUAAAAUUCUUGAAUACUUCAUACUUGACUUUUUGUUUUUAAAAGAAAAAUAAGAAAAUAUUAAAAUAUAAAUGAAUAAAAAACAGUUUCAGAAAUCACAGGGACAUUUUUGACUUAGUUUUUAAAUACACUGCAUGCUUUGGUAACUGUUUUCUCUUUCUUUUUCUGAUCUCGAAGUAAAAAUGCACUGCCGGAGUUUUUAUUUAUGCUUCUGUAAUUUUCAUUUACAGUUCCUGAAUUUUUUAUUUUUUUUAUUUUUUGUCCCUGUUUUGGCACAAAUCCCUUGUGUGGGCUGGACUGGACUGGGAAAACAUAUCGGCCCAGGCAUUUUAGCCCAAACUGGCUCACUACAAAUAUGACCUGUGCUGGCAAAAUGAGUCGCAAUGAGCAAAUUUUCAAAAAUUAGUUGUUAUUUUCACAUUCUCUGUUAAAAAAAAAACUUUAAAAUUAUGUGUGAUUUGGUGGAAAAAAAUUGACUGAGCUACAUUUGUUUGAAGUCGACGAGUCAGCAAAGUGAAUUUUGAGAAAAAAAUAGUUUUCUGAAGUUCCGAAACAAAGUCACCAUAUCUUACCAAAAAACAUUCACUUAAGACAUAACAGAUAAUGUUUGCGCAAAUACUCGCCAAGACGGAUAUUUAAAAUUAUUGACUACAGGCCAGGGGGACUUUAAGGACACCUAAUAUAAAGUGGGACUAAUUAAUUUUCUUAAACUUUCUGGAGGCAAUAUUUUCGUUUAGCAUGCAAGAGAUUUUGGGUUCGAAUCCAACCAUGUAUGAUUUUUUUUUUCUCUCAUUAAAACCAAAGAUGUUCGUCAGUGAUUGUAUAUCAAGAGCAGGGACACGUUUAUUUGUAUUUUGUUUUGUGAUUCAACGUAACGAAUAGAGAGUCUCUGCAACAGUUAAGCGAUAGAUUGAAGCGCUCGUCCGUGUGAACACUGCGCAGUGUGCACGAGCGCCAAGAGAAGACUGUUGCGCCUCUGAUAACAGGAGAAAACUGUUGCGCCUCUGAUAACAGGAGAACACUGUUGCGCCUCUGAUAACAGCGACAGCGAGCACGCAACAUGAUUUCAAAAACAACACAUCCCAGCGCCAGAUCGCCUAUUAUUAACACAAACUGAUAAUCAACUAGAGCCUCUAGUCUAGAGGUGUUUCUUUUGUAUUAGAAAUCCGCGAUGAAUCCAGAGAUGUUUCAAAAUGUGGUGGGGACAAUAUCGACCCUUUCAAAAAAUGGUGGGGACAUGUCCCACCCGUCCCACCCGCAAAUUACGCCUAUGGUGAAGGCUGUGUAGGUGGAGCCUUGUGAUUCCGUGACAUGUCAUUUGUGACAGUUUAUAAAGAGCAUCAGACUGCAUGAGCUACUUCACUUUUCUCACAAGUCAUCAACUUCUCUGCACAGAAAUGAAAUCAGGUUGUAUUUGAAUAUCCUGAAUAAUGGGUGCCAAGGUUUCAGUCGUCAAUGGCACUCCUUAUACCUGGUACUUUGCCACCCAGGACAGAGGGUAUGAACGCAUUUGUUCUGGUGGCACAACAUCCUAUGAGGAGGCCAAGGCAAUCCAUCGCUACAUCCACAUCAGAUAUAAUAAUCACACAUGGAAUAGUUUUUCCUAUGAGUUUAACACCCAUAAAGGCGACACCUCUUUUAUCUUAAAAGAAACCUACGACCGUUCCCAGAUUCAGUUGCACUGCACCUCUGAGGGUGGCACUCGUUACUGUCCCAACUAUGGAAAAAUUGAAGAAGAUGAGAGAAAUCAGAGACGGCAAGAGGAGGAGAGAAGACGUCUGGAACAAGAGCGAAGGAUUCAACAGGAGCUGGACAGGAAGAGACAAAUUGAAGAAGAUGAAAAACGGAGACAGCAAGAGGAGGAGAGAAGACGUCUGGAACGUUUGGAACGCGAGCAAAGGAUUCAACAGGAGCUGGACCGAGAGAGCGAAUCAUCCAGACUCAAGCUUUCUCGAGCAACUGAGCGACUUCGUGAAAAACAGAGCUUCAGAGGUCGUGAGCAACAUCAUGAACGCACACAAGCUCUCCAUCAACAAAUAGAAGACGACGCUGCUGCAAUCGAGAGGGACGAGGUUACUGAUGUUGAAGAAAAAUUCAAAGAAAUUUUGUUAAAGUACCAGAUCACAGAAGAUAAAGAGAUACAGCAGUACCAGAUUUGGGACAGGAUUAAGACGCUCCAGAAUGAACUUGCAGUUCAAUACAGUAGAGAACACAACCUUUCAGUAUGGUCUCAGUUUACCUUUGAUCAUGCUGUAGGAUAUAGCGAACUGUCUCUUACAGAGAAGCUCACAGUUCUUGAGGCAUCUCUACAGUUCAUUCUGAACAGCAGCACUGAAGAUGCUAAAGAUGACGAAGAUCAGCUGCUUGGCUGGGAGAAGAAGUAUGACUUUCUCUUUGGUUUGGUGGAGCAGCUUCAUUCCACAAAUCCAACUUUGGCAGACCACAUUUUAUUAAAUGUUCUUGACAUGAUCUCAGAUCUUUCACCACAAAGUAGGGACAUUUUGGGUCAAAUGUUGUUCAACAGAAUCUGGACACCAACAGAAAUAAUGCUCUUAGUUUGUAAAAGUCCAGGUAUCAAAUGUGAUCAACUCGAUUCAGUUCUCCACACAGCACAAACCUACCAUCUGGACUGCAUCCACGUUCUCUCUGUUCUUACGAAUGAAAACCCCUUAAAGUUACUUCAAGAACAAAUAAAAAACAACAAGGACAAAGAUGCUGAUACAAUUGUGAAGGAACUUCGUGAAGCAAACUGCCCAGAGAAAGUCUUGGUGCUGUUGAAGGAUGUGCUUAGAUACGUAGAGUUGGAACUCCCAAAAUAUCAAUUGGUGGACCUUAACAAAGUGUAACGAAUGUAGCGGUUCGUACAGUUAUUAAUCAAUUUAUGGAUGAAAUAUGAAUAUAAUAAUUCAUAAGGUUAUGAAU